CUCUCCUCCUAAUCUCUCAAAAACAUAGGAAAAAAAUAAAAAAAAAUGAUUUGUAUCGGAAACUUAAAAUUUGGUAAGUUCUUUACCUCAAGAAACUCCGGUAAAAUAUCUCCGGCCACCUUCUCAAAAUCAUCGGAGAAAAGAUUGUGGAAUGAAUUUCAAGAAGAAGAUCACAUCCUGAAAGCCCACGUACGUUCUUGGUUACCUUCGCCGGAAAAUAUUUUCCGGUGGGAAGCUACCAUUAACGGCCCGGCGGGUUGCCCUUACGAGAAAGGAGUCUUCGCCGUCUCCGUUCACGUCCCAACACAAUAUCCUUUUGAACCACCCAAAAUCACAUUCAAGACCAAGAUAUUUCAUCCUAAUAUAAGCAAAAAAGGAGAAAUCUUUGUUGAUAUAUUGAGAUCACGAUGGUCAUCUGCGUUGACCAUCAAUGUGGUACUGCUUUCUAUAUGUUCGAUUUUGUCGAACCCGGUUGAACCAUUUUUGGUUAGCAAUCGUGCCGCGAGACUGUACCGGGAAGACCGGAAAGCUUACGUGAAAGUUGCGAGAGAAUGGACUGUGAAGUAUGCAAAGGGAUGAUUACUUAGUUGUUCCCAAGUUCUACAUUUUAUUAGUUGAUGGCUCUAUUAGUUGAUGACUUCUGUUUUUGUUAUUAUCGUCAGUUUAGUGUCGUCUAAGGUCGUGUGAUACCGAGAGAUUUGAUACGAUCAAUAUACUAUAGUUGUAUUUGUAUUCAAGGACGUAAAUUGCAGCUGCAUGCUAAAACUUUUUGCAAAACUGCUUGUGGGAUUCUGUUUUUUGACUUUUACAGUCAGCAA